AUGAACGCAAUCAACAUACAGAAAAGUACCCCCAACUGGUCCUAUGUUCUCUUCCGUAUCUAUUCUGCUGAUAUUGGAGAGGAAUAUUACAAAUUUUGUAGUGGAAUGUGUCUAAGCCUACUCAUGCUUCUAGGUAUCUACGCCAGCUGCAUAGGAGAUAAUCCCUCGUGCUACAUCACCGAAUUCAUAAAUAUUAGGAGGUCCAUUUUUUGGUCUCAAAUUACGUUGCCUGAGCACUCCUCGAAAAAUUCUCCUCAGUUGAAAUCCAGAAUCCUUGUGAGUAAAUAUAUAACUAUAUGA